AUGAUUGAGACACUGAGAUUCGUGGCACCGUCCAUCUACAAGGACGCCGAAUUCACACAUUUCGGCCGCGAAGCACUCUGGGGCUCACUCAUGUGGCGCCAGAAGAAGCAUGAGCCCUGCGUGGACCUCCUGGCUCACACCGAACUGGGCGACGGUGACAUGGCCUUCAACCUCAUCACUGACGCCAUCACGCUGUGGCCCGACAGCCCCGAGCUCUUCCUCGUUCGAGCGAUGUUUCUGAUGACAACUGACGACCAGGAGCGGCUUGAACUUGCGGAGGAGGACGGAGCCAUUGCAGUUGCCCUGGACCCCAGCUGCGCCGAGGCCUACUACAGGCGAGCGAAGACACGUAGCUGCCUGAGCAACACCCGCGGAGCAAUUGCCGACAUGCGCGAAUGCAUAUUGAGCGUGAAGAAGGACCCUUUACUGAAGGACAGGCUCUGCAGGGCCCCCAAGGAUCUCAAGAACCUGGAGUUCCAGUGGCAGCUGUUGGUCCAAGAACACCAGAAGGGACACGAGGCGCGCGCAACCGCCGCGGCCGCUGCGAGCGAAGCGCGCACAGCGCAGGCCGCACAGCUGGCGCAGCAUGCACGAGAGGUGUCCGCGGAGAAGCUGCGGCGGCUCAGAAGUCUGGAGCUUGACGCGGCUGCAGCCUCCCUCGCUGCUGCCGCUGCAAAGGCUCUCUCUGCAGAGAAUCACUGCAGGCGCGGCUCUCUUACAUCUGGCCCUUUCACCAGCUCUGCCCUCAAGCUGCCAGCUCAGCAGCCGCCAGCUCAGCAGCUGUCAGCUCAGCAGCCGCCAUCACACCGCAGCACAGCUGGCACUGCCGUGCAGCCUGGGACGAGGCCUCCUUCACGCUCGCGGCAGCCACAGUUCCAGAGCCAGAAGGAGCCGUUGCUGUUUGUCAGCCUUCCACCCACAUGCGGCUCUGCCGCACAGCCGCCUCAGAUGGGCAGCUCUGCUGGCCACCGGAGGAUCCAAGUCAGCCAAAAGGCAAUGUGGCGGCUGCCGGCCGCUGCCCUUGCAGCAGCACGCACCACACGGCCCAGUACUGCAGGACGUGUCUCCGGCGGUGUUCUCUUUGCCAUGCCAGCUUCUGAGCAGCCGCUCCCCAGCGGCGCGCCAUCGGCCGGCGCCGUUGCGCAGAGAUCAUGUGCGGCGACGCCAGCCUUUGGCAGCACUCUGUCCGUAUGCAGCUCAAUUGCACAACUGCCUCAGCAGCACCCGUCAGCUGACCAUUGGACCGUCUCUCCUCGCAGCACUGCAGAGCAGCAGCCGCCGAUGCCUGCCACCGCCGCAGCAAGCGUCUGCAUGCAGCCGGGCGCGCUUCCGCCGCUCGAUCGGCCAACGCCACAGAUCCAGUUCAUGUGGGACUCUCUGGUGAAGGUGGAUGCACCCGCCACAGAGCCCAGUGCAGCAGGGCACGCAUCAAGCGGUGUUCCCUCUGUUCUCCCAGCUCCCGAGCAGCCGCCUCCCGCUGAGGCGCCACCGGCCGCCGCCGAUGCGCAGAAGGUGCUGGCGGAAGUCCCUGAAACCGCACCUCAGGGCCACUUCCAGUUUGGGACGCUGCCAGAGGUCGCAUGUUAUCAGCCCUGCUCCUUCGUGACCCUCGGAGAAACGGAGAAGCCCGUCAACUCGAAUAUUCAAAGCGAGCUGCCGCCUCAAUCCGAAGCGGCGGCCAGUCACAUCGGCGCGGAUGAGACCCCGACAGCAUGCACCUGCACACAGGAGCCAGAGAGCAAUUCAAGGAAGGCAGUAGAGGUAUCGCCGCGCGAUGGAAGCUCCUUCCAUGGCUCGGAUGCCUUGAAGCAGCCCUCGGUUGCAAGUCCCAGAAGCCCAGACCUGCUGCUGGGGAGGGCCAUGCUGCACAUCAGCGCCGGCAAUAUUCAAGCAGCUGAACUGGAUGCAGCCAAAGCCUUGGUGGAUUACCCAUGCGUCUCGGACAGCCACUGCUGGCGCCAGUGCAGCGAUCUGCUGCAGGGCUUGCACCUGGCAUCUGCCACACAGAAGGUCAUGGGCCUCCUGAGAGUCUUCCUGGCGGGCCCAAGGGACGACGCCAGCCUGGCAGCGACGGCCGCAGCGUGCACAGCAUGCGCAGCGCGUCACGCUGAGCUGGCGGAGAGCGCGCGCGACAGCGCUGAGCUGGCGGUGGUGGAGCGCGAGAUUGUGUCCGACCCGGCCGCGUUCAGCUGCGAGGCAGCUGCCGCGCAGCUGCCCUGUCCAUUGGCGGUUGAGGACUCAGACAGCACUGAGGUGUGCUGGGAGCUCUAUACCAUUGAGGAGUCUGAUGAGGAAGAGCAGCAGGAAGCUGAGGAAGUGGGAAGUUCCGCGGCCCAGAUCUUCGAAUCCAGUGACGGCUCCCCUGUGAGGCCCACUGUGACUGCUGGAGAUCCUGCAGUGAGCUCUGCAGCAGCGGAGGUGGAGGUUGGUGCAGAUAGGAAGGGAGAGCGGGUUCUGAGGGGUGGGAGCGUGAUGGGCAAGGGUGGCCAAGAAGCUGAGGGGGCUGCUGGCGCGCUUGGGCGCCAAAUUGUGGGUCAUCGACUGCAGCUAGAUCAGUCAUUAGAUUAG